GCCCGUCCGCUACCGCCAUAGGGGCGGCCGGGACGGGCCCAGUGGGGCGCCCGGCCAUGGCGAGCCCCGCACGGCCACGGCAGGAGCUGGCAGCAGAGGAGCGGAGGCUCCGCGUCUCAGCCCCGACGCUGCCCCGCGACGCCGGGCGGGAAGUGGCGGGGGAACGGUCAGUGCUGCUGGAGCCGCGGCAAGGCGGGGGGCCGCCGGCCCCCGGCCCCGGCGAGCGGCGGGAGGAGGGGGAGGAGGAGGAGGAGGAAGAGGAGGAGGAGGAAACAGCGGCGGGCGAAGGCUGCUGCAGCAAGUGCAAGAAGCGGGUGCAGUUCGCCGACUCGCUGGGGUUGAGCCUCGCUAGCGUCAAGCACUUCAGCGAGGUCGAGGAGCCACAGGUGCCCCCCGCGGCGCUGUCCCGCUUGCAGAGUCCCCCCGCCGAGGAGCGGGACCGGCCGCCGGGCCAGGACUCUGCAAUGCCGCCCGCCCUCUGCCUGCUGCCCGAGUUCCCCGACAGCGGGGAACCCAGCGCCGAGCGGCUGCGGCGGCAGCGCGUCUGCCUGGAGCGGUUGGGGCGGCCUUCGGCCCCCACCGACGUGCGGGGCACGGUGCAGGUGCUCGGGUGCCCCGGCCCCAAGGAGGUGACUGUGCGGUAUACCUUCAACGAGUGGCAUUCCUUCGUAGACGUCCCGGCAGUGCCCCUGCCCCCGACUCCGGUGGCUGCGGGUGACCCUCCGGCCGAGCGUUACGGCUUCAGCCUGUGCGUCCCGCCGAGCCUGAGGGAGGGCUCGGCCCUUCACUUCGCCAUCCGCUACAGAAGCCCGCACGGAGAGUCCUGGGACAACAAUGGUGGCCGCAACUACACCCUGAGGUGCUGCGGCUUACUCGCGAUCGGCCCUGUGUCCUCCGCCCUGCCGAGCCCUGCUGCACCCCGAUACUGAUGCCAGCCAGGAGCCGGCCGGUUAGCCGUGCAACCCGCUGUCCGUUGAUCGGAGGGCCAAGGCACCUGUCCCGGGGACUACGCCAAAUCUGGUGGUCUUUAAGUGGUUGCUUUGGGUUCACUAGUGAAAGGUGGAUGUGUGUAGACUCACAUUGCUGUGGCUCGUGGAACUGGUUUCUGUUUGGUUUUGGAGAGCAGGAGACUGAGUAGUGUGGGCUUUGCUUUUUCCCUCUUGAAGUGAAUUUUGAGGUCUUGGUUUGGGCUUGACUUCACUUGCCUCAUCAGUGAGAGAUGCACAAGGAACUUGUGUAAAAACUCCGUUUGCCGCAUAUUGAACUUAGGAUCCCAGUUUUCCCUUCUCACAUUCAGGGCUGUGACAUCAAUUGUUCGCUUUGUCUUGGUUUGUCAUUAUUUUUUAGUUCAGUGAACUGUCAUGAUACAAUGCACUGCUGUGAACGUCUCUCAGA